AUGCCCUCCACGCGGAUGCAGUGCGCCCUGGUGCUCCUGGCCGUCGCGCUCGUCGUCUGCAGCGUCUCCGGCGCGCCGUCUGAUGCCAAACUGCGCCAGUUUCUGCAGAGGUCGAUUCUCGCACCGUCCGGAAAACAGGAGCUCAGCAGGUACACACUGGCGGACCUGCUCGCAGAGCUCGCACAAGCUGAAAAUGAGGUCCUGGACUCAGAUGAGGUGUCUCAUGGAGUGGAGAGCGAAGGCGCACGCCUGGAGAUGGAGCGCGCCGCCGGUCCCAUGCUGGCUCCCCGCGAGCGCAAAGCCGGCUGCAAGAAUUUCUUCUGGAAAACAUUCACGUCGUGUUAA